AUGAGCUCGUACGAAUCGAUCGAGGAUAUGCUAAAUCUCAUCGUCAACCAGGCGACCACUGCUAGUCGUACCAGACAGUCAUCCACCGGAUGCUAUACUGCCAGGGUGAUGCCGGAUAUGGAGGUGUGGGUUCUGCCUAGGGGUGGAUGCCCUGUUCUUUUUAUCGCACCUACCACGUCAUAUGGAUACUCGAAUCGUUACUUAUGUUAUUCAACGCAUCAGGAGACUCACCUAAGGGCUCGAGAUGACAGAGAAAACGGGCUGCUUAUUAUCGCAACUAUGGAUGUCGUCUGGCGAGAUACGAACAAGGCUCCCCAUGUCUGCCAGCACUGCAUUUUCAUGAUCGAUUGUCCUACGCAAGAUGGUUGGGCUACUUAUAUUAAGAAGACUCUCGGUCUAGGAAUAAGAGAUUUGCGGGAAAUAGGCGAGGUAUAUCUAAGUAAAGCUAUAGGCGGGGUAUAUUAA